CUGACAAGUUUAUGAACCAACUGGCCAACCAACAGCCAGUAUCCAAAAUCCAUCCACAUAACCAAACUAUAGUUUUAGAAAUGGCUGACGCUAUAGAAGCGGAAAAAACGAUCGCUGAAGACUUGGUUGUUACCAAGUACAAGUUAGCAGGGCAAAUUGUUAACCGUGUUUUAGAACAAGUUCUAGCAAAAUGCGUGCCAGAUGCUUCGGCGCGUGAAUUAUGCGAGUUCGGGGACAAAUUGCUACUGGAAGAAACUUCGAAAGUCUUCAAAAAAGAGAAGGACUCCAAGAAAGGCAUAGCGUUUUCAACAUGCGUCUCCGUAAACAACUGUAUAUGCCACUAUUCUCCUAUCCCUAGUGAAACAGACUACAUCUUGAAACAAGGAGAUCUUGCUAAGAUUGACCUAGGUGCCCACAUUGAUGGCUUCAUCGCAGUGGUUGCACACACAGUUGCUGUGGGCGGCGGAGAGGUGUCUGGGCGUGCAGCUGACGUGCUCCUCGCCGCACAUCUGGCCAGUGAAGCCGCCUUGAGGUUGCUCCGACCUGGGAAUGAGAACUAUGCAGUAACAGAUGUUGUACAAAAAAUCAGCGCAGAGUAUGGAUGCAAGCCCAUUGAAGGCAUGUUGUCACACCAGUUGAAACAGUUCCGUAUUGAUGGAGAGAAGAGCAUCAUACAAAACCCAUCAGAGGCGCAGAGGAAAGAGCAUGAAAAGGCCACCUUUGAGACUUACGAAGUGUAUGCAAUGGAUGUAUUAGUUUCUACUGGAGAAGGUGUUGGUCGUGAGAUGGAUACAAGAUGUACGAUAUACAAAAAAACUGAUGAAGUCUAUCAACUCAAGUUGAAGGCAUCAAGAAUGUUCUAUAGCGAGGUCCGCAAUAAGCAUGGUUCAAUGCCUUUUAAUCUUCGGAGUUUUGACAAAGAAACAAGCGCAAGGCUCGGCGUCGUUGAAUGUGUCAACCAUAAACUUAUUGAGCCCUUCCAGGUGCUAUACGAAAGGCCGGGUGAAUUGGUGGCACAGUUCAAAUUCACGGCGUUACUUCUCCCCAGCGGCACACACCGCAUCACCGGCCUGCCGUUUGACAAGAGUCAGUGCAAGACUGAACGCACAUUGAAGGACCCUGAACUUAAUGCGCUACUGAACUCAUCUGCCAAGUCAAAUAAGAAGAAGAAAAAGAAAACUGGUGCUGAAGAAGCCAUGGAAGUUGAAACUGCUGCCUAGCAAUUGAAUUUGUAUUUACCGAAGGACUGAAUUUAAAUGAAUUCAGCAUCUUUCUAACAACUCUCAUAUGGACAAUAUUCUGACCACCCUGUACAGUGAUAAAAGGAGCAAUAAUAACCCUUCUAUAAAUAGCUUUGAAUGAGUGUUUUCUUUUCAGUGUUCAUUGAACUAUUAAUAAAAUCAAAACACAAUUGUUGCCGCCCUAAGCAAAAAGGAUGCAUCUAACCAAAACAAACGGAACAUAAAAAUUAUAAUCAAGAUCUGAAAUCUUUAAAAACCAUUCUAUGCAGCAUUUUUUUUAUUUUAAUGUGUAUAAAGAUUAUUUUAUCAGUCUUUAUAAGGCUAUAAAUAUUAGACUAUGGUGAAGUAAAAUCAAAGAAAAAUAGGGCUACCUGCGUCAAAAAUGUACUAACGUUUGAUGCCUGCCAGUGACGUUGAAGAGAAAGUUUGUGAGAAGUUCCGUAACUAAUUGUCGUAAACUGUGUCUAAUGCUCCGGUUACACGCUCAGUCUUACCUGCACAAGAAAGUUUGCGCAGUUAAGUGCGCCGGCAAUACUAUCCCGCGCAGUUGCAAAAGCUGUUAAUGGUUGUACUGCGCUUUUCUCAGUCGUACUAUUAGCGGCAGAUGUACUAAAAAGGUCGCAUUUACUUGAUUGCAGUUUUUAACUUGACAUUUCGAGAGAUAAAUUAAUGGCAGCCUUUUUGGCCUAGUGUAAUUCCAGAAUUGAAACUCACUAACAAAUAAAAUAUAUAUUGUAGAUAUGGUUGUCAAUUUUUGACUCGGCAAAUCAAAUCUUUAAUGCAAAAAUCGGCAGAUACGCACAUCGAUGGAUACGCCUUUUUUCUUUCGACGACAGAUAGGCAAAAUACCGAAUAAGGGUUAGAUGAUUAUGUACAAAAUAACACACUUAUAAGUGUAAAAUUCUAUCAAAAAAUACAUCUUUAUUCAUUUACAUGUUCUAGUUCAAAUCCAGAAUUUAUCAAUUAUAGGUCAGUUAGAAUAAUAUUCAUACCUACCAUUAAAUAAUUGUAUUCAUAUCCAAAUUCUGUUGAGUUUUCUAAAACCAAUCUGAUAUACAAGAUCAUUCCUGAUUAACUCCAUUGGUUUUUAGAAAUAUUUUUACUGAGCACAAAAUUUUAUUCUGUCAUAAUAUUUAAUAUACAUAAAUAUCUCAAAUUAACACAACAAUGAAAAUGAACUGUUGUAUUUACAAUUAUUUUGAAGUAUUCAAUUGUUUUUGUAACCAAGAGAUUCUUUACAAAUGUCUAAAUUAGGAUAAAUUUUUAAAUUUAAAAACUAGUUAUACAUAAUGUGGGUACUUCAAAAUAAGGGUACUUGACUGUUUUUAGUUCCAUAAAUAUAAGAUAACUUAUAUAUUAUAUUAGAAUCCAUGAGGUACAUUUGAUGAUGAAUGACUUAUAAAUACAAUGAUGUAUUGUGCUUAUACAUUUCAAAAUAUCUAUGGAACUAACAAUAAUCUAAAAUUAAAUGUGUGACAUAUGAAAAGAAUAAAUCAAACUUGAUUUUCGUGGUCCGUUUUUC